AUGAGGCUGCUCCAAGAAGAGCGGGCCAGAGCCGCAGCCGCAGAGGACAGCGCCGCCAGAGCUGCGGCCGACGUGCAGAACGCCGUGAACGGCCAUGUGAACGCCGUGACUGGCGCUGUGGUCGACGCGCAGGCCGUGGCUGGCCAGCUGAGUGGCGUCCAGGAGCGAGAGAAGCUCAGGGCAGCCAUGAGGCUGCUCCAAGAAGAGCGGGCCAGAGCCGCAGCCGCAGAGGCAGCCGCUGCUGGCGCAAACUAUCGACGGCAGCGAGGAGCCUGGCGGUGGCGAUGA